AUGGAGUUUGGUUUUUACAACAAUACGGGUUCAGUUGAUCUGAGCUUUUGGCCAUCUCAAGGUAAAGAUUUGAGCCCUGCUAACCAACAUCUGCCUGUUAUCCUUAGUACCGAUAGUUCUCUAGCUUUUUUCUUCAGUAGCCUCUGUUUGAACCGCGAUUUGACGCUCUUUGUAAGCUUCAAAGGCGACUCCGUUCUCGUUACUAGUUCUGGUUUCAAAACUCCCGACAUUGCAAAGAAGAGACAACAUCAUGAUAACUUCUUUUGGAAGAUUACUGAGAGUUUCCAAACACAGGGUACUCCUUCUCACUUGCCUACUGUCGGGUCUAAAACCAAGGCUAAAUCCGUUUUCUGUUCUGAUGAUGAGCUGAUUGUAGCUGCGGAGUCUGCUGAAGCUACUCUCCGUUCACGUAUCCCCUUUGUUGACAGCCCUGCUCCUAUCUCCAGCAAGAGACAUUGUCUUGUCGAUUUCAGUUUGGGUUCAACUAGCAAUACAACUGAAACUACCCUUAUGUCCCCUACACCCUUUGUUCAUAGUCCUUCUCUGUCCUCCACCACUGAUUUAUUAUCUGACAACGAAGACCUUGCUCCUGAAAUUCAGGAAAUGGAAGCUAAGUUGAAUGGUUCUGCUGAUGAAGAGGAUACUGUGUUGAGUGACGAAGACGAUGCUUACGUGCCAGUAUGUGGUUAUGAAUAUGAUUUUUGGGAGAAUUUGAUAGAUGAUGAGUAUGGUGGUUCAAAUGCAGUAGAGAUUAUGUCUACUGAUUAUUCGUCUGACCAAAUUGGAACCAAUUCCUUUAACAAUGGAAGAAAAAAAGGAUAA